CUCACCAAAACAAAAUGGCACAGAACACGAGAGAACUGGCAGCAAACAAAAACUUGACACAAACAGCCCAGCCUGUGUUGUAGUUUUGGCAAGGAAAACUGACGUAAUCUCAUUUUAAUACUUCUAAUCUUGGUUCUUUGGACAACACUGAGUCCAUGGAUGCUGAGGUGCUGCACUCUGCUCAAGCAGAGCAUGGCUCACUUUUGCUAAGGCAGCUAGAGAGGAUGAGAACAACUAAGGAGCUCACUGACGUGGUGCUGCUAGCUGAAGGGAUCCCCUUCCAUUGCCACAAGGUGGUGCUGUCUGCAUUCAGUCCUUACUUCCAGGCCAUGUUUACAUGUGGUCUGAAGGAGACGCACGGAGGAGAAAUACCGCUCAGAGACACUUCUGCACAAAGCUUAAGGCUGCUGCUGGACUACAUGUACUGUGGCGAGCUCCCACUAACAAACAACAACAUCCAGGGAGUGGCCGUUGCUGCCUUUCUGCUACAUGUAGACGGAGGCUUCAGGUUGUGCCAGAGUCACAUGGAGGCCUGUAUGGACCCGUCAAACUGUGUUGGUCUGUACCACUGGGCCAGGAACUUGGGAGCAACUAGCCUCGCUGACUGUGCCUUGCGAUAUCUUUGUCAACACUUUUCACAGGUUUGUGAAGAAGAAGAAGUGCUAGAGCUGAAUGCUCAAAGUCUUGGGGAACUGCUUGGCUUAGAUGACCUUAACGUAUCACAGGAGGAGGUUGUUUUGGAGCUGGUGCUGCGCUGGGUGGAAAAGUACAGGGGUGACUCAGAAAGGGAAGCCCAGGCUGUGGAGUUGCUCAGGCAUGUCCGACUGGAGCUUGUGGAUCCUGGAUUUCUUUGUAAAGCAAGGAGGAGAAACCCGGUGCUUCUGCGGGAUACUGAGUGCUUUGGGAUGAUUGAUGCUGUUCUCCAGACGUCAGGUCUCUGCGAGGCCGCAGCUCCCCCUCGCCGAGCUCUUCGCUAUAGCAUGGAGACAACAGAUUUGCUCCUUUGUUUGGGUGGUGUGAAUAAGGAGGGCGUCCCUGCGCGGCGUGGAGGACUUGCUGACCUCAGUUUUUGCUUUGACCCCCAUGCUAGGAAGACUUACUACAUCCCCUCUCCCCUGAGGGGCUGCAGCAUAGUGGGACAGAUCACAGCAGGCGCAGUGAGCCGAGAAAACAUCAUAGUGGUGGCCGUAGAAGCAGAAGACCAACAUCGAACGAAGGGGGUUGAUAUCUACAGGUAUGACAGUUCAGAGGAGAACAGCUGGGGGAAGUUGUGCUCAGCAGCUUACAGGGACAUGUAUGCUUUAGGGCUCAUAGGAGAUGCUCUCUAUUUAAUCGGUGGUCAGAUGAAAGUGCGUAAUCACUACGUCAUCACAGACAGCAUGGAGCGAUGGUCGCUGAAGAGAGGAGGCAGCUGGCUCAGCUUUGCUCCUCUGCCUCUUCCAUUAGCCAGUCACUUUGUUGUGACACUGAAGGAGCAUCUUUAUGUGCUGGGGGGGUGGACACCACAGGAUCACCCUGACGACGAGCCUGACAAGCUCAGCAAUCGUGUGUUUCAGUUUGACCCCGGCAAAGACAGAUGGACAGAGUGUGCCAGCAUGAAGUACUCCAGGUACCGCUGUGGGUCAGCUGUACUCAAUGGAGAGAUCUAUGUAUUAGGUGGUAUAGGAUGCGAUGGAGAGGACCGUGGGCAAUCGCGUCGUUGCCUGAGCUCCGUGGAGAUCUACAACCCAGAUACAGACACCUGGAGACCAGGACCAACCGUCCCCACAUCCCUACUUUCCCUUCGAACGAACGCCUCCAACGUAGGAGUAGUGGAUGGAAAGCUCUAUCUCUGUGGAUACUACAAGGGGGCUGGCCGUCAUGAGAUCAUCACCAAGGAACUUUUGGAAUUGGACCCUGCAGACAAUGUGUGGACAGUUGUGGAAAGACGAGCAGCCAUGCACGACAGCUACGACGUCUGUCUGGUGGCUAAUCUUAAUCCUCGAGAUCUCUUCACACCCUAAUCCAGCUCCUGCUGGGCCAGUGUGUGUGGAAAGUAAGCGUCUAUACGCUAAACCCGGAAAGUCUCAUUCAAAAAAGCUUUAUUCACUCUUGGUAUUUGGAAAAAAGAAUAACCAGAUUAAUUUUCACUAUAAUUAACUAACAACUUAUUUUUUUGCUAUAUGAGUAUCCAAAGUCAAACUUUAGAUAAUGCAGUUUUAUGUUAUAUAUCAAUGGGACAUUAGCUGUAAUUAAAUAUAUAUUGUGUUGUAUGAUAUGUUCAGUCAAAAGUCUGUUUGUUACAUGUCUUGUCCAAGCAAUAAAUUUUACCUGUAAAUGUAAGAAUAAAAGAAAAAUCAACA